AGAAGAACGCACCAUGCGCACUUUAGCAUUUUCCUGUUUCUUAUUUCAUCCUUUAAUAUGCUCCCUCCAUUUUUUGGUUCAGACUUCACACUUCAUAGAAUCUAGAGAGGGAGGGAGGAGAGAGAAUGGUGCACAACGCCUUCGAUUCGUUUCAGUUACUUAGAAACUGCCCAGCGAAGAUCGAAUGCGCUGCGUCGUACGGUUCAAAGCUCCUCCUCAGCUGCACCGACGGCUCUAUAAGAAUCUAUGCUCCAGAAUCCUCAACUUCGUCCGACGGGCACUCUUCGCCGCCUGAUCGUGGUAAAGCGGGAAUUCUCCGUGAGCCCUACGUUCUGGAGAAGGCUGUUAUGGGAUUCUGGAAGAAGCAUGCAAUUUCAAUGGAGGUGUCUGUGUCGAGAAACAUUCUGAUUUCGUUAUCGGAUUCUAUUGCUAUUCACAGGAUUCCGAAUCUAGAAGCAGUCAUGGUGAUACCGAAGUCGAAGGGGGCGACUGUUUUCGCAUGGGACGAUCGGAGAGGGUACCUGUGCUUCGGAAAGCAGAAGAGGGUGGGCAUUUUCCGCCAGGAGGCGGCAAGGGACUUUGUGGAGUUGCAUGAGUUUGGAGUUCCUGAUUCAGUGAAGUCAAUUUCUUGGUGUGGUGAGAAUAUAUGCUUGGGGAUUAGAAGGGCAUAUAUGAUACUGAACACCACGAAUGGGAUGGUGUCUGAGGUAUUCCCUUCAGGGCGGAUUCAAGCACCUUUGGUUGUCCUUCUUCCUUCAGGGGAGCUUGUUUUGGGAAAGGAUAAUAUUGGAGUUUUUGUUGACCAAAAUGGAAAGCUUCUUCAAGAAGGCAAGAUAUGUUGGUCUGAAGCCCCUACAUCCAUGGUCAUCCACAUACCGUAUGCAAUUGCUCAGUUACCAAGACAUAUUGAGAUACGAUCUGUUGGAGCUCCACAUCCAUUGGUACAAAUAAUUUCUCUCCAUGAUGUUCGUUUUCUUAUUCGAAGCAACAAUGGUAUUUUAGUUGUAUUGGAUAGUUCCAUAUAUGGGCUUCUACCUGUUCCUCUUGGUGCGCAGAUAAUACAAUUAACUGCAUCUGGCAACUUUGAGGAGGCCUUGGCUUUGUGUAAGUCACUUCCACCAGAGGAUUCAACUCUUCGAGCUGCAAAGGAAGGCUCUAUACACAUCCGGUAUGGACACUAUUUGUUUGAUAAUGGGAAUUAUGAGGAGGCUAUGGAACAAUUUUUGGCAUCAUCAGUGGAUGUUACCUAUGUGCUGGCUCUCUAUCCAUAUAUGGCUCUUCCCAAGACACUUUCUAUACCUGAUACAGAUAAAGUGGUUUAUUUUGCAUCAGAUACAUUAGAUCACUGUCGAAUUUCCUCAAAUGUUUCAGAUAUAAUGGAGUCAUCAUCCCCAUCCCACCUGUGUGAAUCUAAUGAAAAGGAAGUGCUUGAGUCGAAGAAAAUGAGCCACGAUGCUCUUAUUGCUCUUGUUAAGCUUUUGCAGAAAAAGAGAUUUUGCAUAAUUGAGAGGGCCACUGCUGAGGGAACAGAUGAGGCUGUAUCUGAUGCUGUUGAUGACAGUAUUAAAUCGUGCAAGUCCAGUAGAUUAAAGAAUUCAGGAAAGAGCCAUGGUCACAUUCAUAUCAGCUCAGGUGCUAGGGAUAUGGCAGCUGCACUUGAUACUGCACUCCUCCAAGCUCUUCUUCUUACUGGGCAGUCCUCAGUUGCAUUAGAUCUUCUGAAAGGCCCCAACUAUUGUGAUGUAAAAAUAUGUGAAGAAUUCCUACAGAAGAGAAACUAUAAUUCAGAAUUGUUAGAACUAUACAAAGGCAACAACUUGCACCGUGAAGCUCUCAAGUUUCUUAACCAACUGGUUGAGGAAUUAAGCCUAUGCCAACCACAGUCUGGACCUACCCAGACAUUUACUCCUGAAAUGAUUAUCAAGUACCUCAAGCCUCUUUGUGCAACUGAUCCAAUGCUUGUUUUGGAAUAUUCAACAUUUGUUCUUCAAAGCUGUCCAGCACAAACAAUUGAGCUCUUUUUGUCUGGAAACCUCUCAGCAGACUUGGUCAAUUCAUACUUAAAGCAGAAUGCACCAAGGAUGCAAGCUACAUAUUUAGAGCUUAUGCUGUCAAUGAAUGAGAAUAGAAUCUCUACAAAUUUGCAAAAUGAACUGGUGCUAAUCUAUCUUGCCGAAGUACUUGACUGGCAUGCGGAAAUAACUAUUGAACAUAUGUGGGAUGAGAAAGCCUAUUCCCCCAUCAGAAAGAAGCUAUUAUCUGCUUUAGAGGGCAUAUCUGGAUACAACCCAGAGGUGGUGUUGAAGCGCCUACCAGCAGAUGCUUUAUACGAGGAGCGUGCAAUUUUAUUGGGGAAGAUGAAUCAACAUCAGCUUGCUUUGGCUUUGUAUGUUCAUAAGCUUCAAUGUCCUGAAUUGGCACUUGCAUAUUGCGACCGAGUUUAUGAUGUUGGACAACAUCAACCUUCAAAACCAUGUGGUAACAUAUAUUUGACACUUCUGCAAAUAUAUCUAAAUCCUUGGAGAACAACAAAGGAAUUUGAACGACAAACCAUGAAUCUAGUGUCUGCUCAGAGUACUGGCAGCCAGAAGGUUGGAUCAGCCAAAGCUAAAGUUGGCCGUGGAGCUAAAAAAAUUGCUGAGAUAGAAGGUGCAGAGGACUUACGAUUCAGUCCCAGUGGCACUGAUAGUGGGCGAAGUGAUGGUGAGGGAGAUGAACCAAGCCAAGAAGGAGCUUUCAUUAUGCUUGAAGAAGCCCUAGAUCUUUUGGGACGAAGGUGGGAUAGGGUCAAUGGAGGUCAAGCCCUCAAACUCUUGCCAAGGGAGAUAAAGUUGCAGGACUUGGCUCCAUUUCUUGAGCCACUUCUGAAGAAGUCUAGUGAGAGUCACCGUAACUUCUCAGUUAUCAAUAGCUUAAGACACAGCCAGAACUUGCAGGUGAAGGAAGAACUUUAUAAGCAACGGAGAACAUUCAUAAUGAUUUCUAGUGAUAGCAUGUGCUCUCUUUGCAACAAAAGAAUAGGGACUAGUGUUUUUGCUGUAUACCCAAAUGGGAAAGCGCUUGUGCACUUUGUUUGUUUCAGAGACUCACAGAUUAUCAAGGCAGUUCGAAGCUCGCCAAUUCAGAAGUGUGGGUAGUCCAACCACCCAUGACUGUCCCUAACACACCUGAUGUGGGCUAGGAAUUUGCUGAGCCAGGACCAGAGGGCAGAGCUUGAGGUGUCUCUAUUAAUGCUUUUUCUGGGAGCUGAAAGGUGCCAAUCAAAGUAUUAUCUGUCAUUGAUGGAGAGGAGAGGAGAAACUCGAAAGAUUUCAAAGAAUGAAAUAUGUAUGGUGGUGCCCACUAUCUAGUGUCCUAAGACUAUUGAAAAUACAUUAUAAAGAAACUAGACCUGCAUCAGCUUUGCAUCCUAUGGUAUGAGAACUACAGUACUCCCCCUUAAGUUGGGUUAUUAUGUUAUACAUACCUAUGAAUUGUAAUUGUUA